UACCAUAGAACAAUGUUAAUAGACUUCUAUCUAAACAAAACUUAAAAUGAGUAGUUCUGGUGUAUGUGUUUCCUGUACAUCAAUCACUUUUAAUAAAAAACUUAAUGCGUUUGAGAACACUCUGCACAAAAGCGCUGUAGAUUUUAAAGAAAUCAUCAAGGAUUUUGAAGAGUUGAGUAUGGAAAAUGAAGAUUAUAAAAGACAAUUAAUCCAACAAAAGGAGAAAUGUGAAAGAAAAUCCUGUAGUAGUGCAGAGGCAUUGAAGAAAACAAUAGAAUAUAAGGAUCACAUCAUUCAACUAGUUGUUUCAGAGCUCACAAAAUGGUAUGAAACAAAAAAUUCAAAUAUUAUUGAUGAUGCACUAAAAAUAAUACUUGGUGAUGCACCAAUCCCAUUAAAAUUGCAACAAUCUGGUGAAUCAAAAGAAAAUGUUAAGGAUAUUAAGAUAGAGGAAUGCAGUAUUAAAAAAGAGUUAUCUGACUCAUUUCAAAAUGUUUCAUUUAAAGAGGAAUCACUUAUAGAAAUUGAGGGCACGCCUGGUAGAACCAGCCCUAUAAUACAAUCAAUUAAGAUUCGCAAUGGAUUGAAUAACCAUUCAUCAGAUUAUAGAGACAAGAAAAAAUGUCCAAAAGAUUGGCCUACACCUGAAAAGAAAGCUGUCAAAUUGAUCUACCCAACACCUACCAAAGGCAGAGGUAAAGGAAAACUAAGGCAGUCGCGGUUGAGUGUCGUUACUCAUAAGACAAACACCUUUGUAGAUCUUACCAGUUCGCCAGAGCUUAUGUCUAGGGACUCACUUAAUGAUAGCAAGCCUUUAGUUGAAGCCUUAGUAAAAAAAGAGUCAACGGAUAACGAUGAGACAAUCCUACCGUCUCCGACAAGUGGACCGCCGAAGUACCCUUCGUUAUUAAAAAACACAUUAAAAAGUAGCCCCUUCAAGAAACCCCCAUUAUCUUUAAAAGCAAAAUCUGAAUGUAAAUUCGCACAAAACGAUGACUAUGAGAAAAUAAACAGCCCCAUUACUAAAAAUGAACAGUCCGAAAACUAUGAAGAGUCUAUUAAUUUGUUAAAUCCGUUGAGGAUCCCAAAAGACACUAAAGAAAAUUGCCCAAAGAAAGAGCUUUCAAUGGACUACGACGAAACCCAUUGCGAGAUUGCAUCGAGCCUGUCGAUAUUGCAACGCGUCGAUAUGUUGAGUCCGAGCAAACGCCCCUUAGAGGAAAACAAGAAUAUUGUGAACGUAUCCCCGCAACCUGUCACUGAUUCAAGCAUGUCACUUCUUGUUCCUGAGAAGACCCGCGACGCCGCCGAAGACAAUGUUAAAAGCAAAAUACUCGAUCGCGUGGAACCCGUAUACAAAGAGCCCGUAUUAAGAAAAAAGGCAGAAAAGCGUGCUCUGCCGGGGUGGAGCUGUGACGAGUGCAAAAAUUUCUACGCAGAGCUUUACAAAGACAACCCGGAGAUGCUAGCGAAGAAAAUGGAAGAGUGUUCUAAGCACCGAGGGAAGAACAAUCCUGUCAGACCUAAUACUCCGGAAGGUUUCUGGAACCCGCGAUGGGACGUGCCUGAUGAUACUGAGGAAUUUAACCGGAGAAAUAAUGCCGUUUGAUCGCCAAUAAUCUACAAUUUACUCACUAUUGCUAUCAAGCGUUGUCAUGAGUCUUUGGGAGCAUUCAAGUAUUACGUAAUGCAAAUUUUGAAGAUUUUUGAACCCCUGUCAAUAAAAUAACCUGUUUACUUUAAACUUUGGCAAACUAUAAACGAAAAGCGUUGCCAAUUUCGGAGAUUUUAAUACCCUAGGUUUUUAAUUUAAAUAAAAAAUAAAAUGUGUGUGUCAGCUCCGACGCACGACCGGAGUUUACACUCUAAAAACGAUUGUCUUUGAACAGACACAAAACAAAAUCAAGUCCGAAGAAGUCGGUUACAAGUAGAGAUACCUCAGGAAUCGUCCCAUGGUUUCGACUAUCAUAGGUUCCAUGUCACACAUUUUAUCAUCUUACAUCAGUGAUAUUCAUCAUAUAUUUUAUUAUGUAUUUCUGGAAACACACAAUUUCAAAAAUAUCACACACUAGUCAUCAUUUUGUAAAUAUGUAUUAUAAUUCCAUCUGUACUGAAAAUCACUAUUCCAGAGUGCUGGACACUUACCGGCAUUUCUCUAUAUUCUGUUAUUUAUUUGUUUUCAUUAAUUUUGCUCCGAUUUUUAUCUAUUUUUAGUUUAUUUAUUUUAUUGACAUUUGUGACAACUUAAUGUUUUUUAUCCGUUGCCAUGGCUAAAAGUGAAAGGUGCGCAGAUGAGGUUGCGCACAAAAACGUAACGAGGUCAUUAAUGUCAUUCAUCGAUAGAUUUUACUCCCCACAUUUUUCUCAUACCGGGCCCCUUAUAUAUGCAAAUCGAUUCUUAAGGAGUAAACUCCAAAAACAAUGUUACGUAACGCUUUGAUCGAACCCCCCUCCUGUACCUGUAACGCAGCGUAACUUUUUACAAGAGUAAAAAGUUACGCCCCUCCCCCCAAAUUGCGUUACGUAAUACUUGAACGUCUCCUUUAUGCCAAAUACAGGAAUUAAUACAAAUAUAGUACUUUACUGCUUGGAGCUGUAAUGUGACCGAUAGGGUAGGGUUUAUUGUUUUAUUGGUAUUUUUUGACACCUCAUUAGCGGCGGCUGCUUUCCAAACCUACGCUUCGAGUACAACUUUUCACUCUGACGUUUUGACAUUAAAUGUAUGAAACUUUUGUCAAAUUUGACAUAUGUUGCACCUGGAUCCAAGGGCGGAUCCAGAGGGGGGGUCAUGACCCACCCCCCCUGGGCUGGGUCCAACUGUACCAACUUCACAAUCUGUACCCACUGUGACUUGACCACGACUAUAUGACCCCCCCCCCCCUGGCGCCAAAGCUGGAUCCACCUUUGCCUGGAUCGUAGGUUUGGAAAGUAGCCCUUUGUAUUUUGUGUACAACAGCCACGUGAGCAGUAGACUGCGUGUGUAGAGAAACAUGUUUCAGAAACAAAGUUUUCUAUUUA